GACUCAGAGAAACUGGUUUUGAUCCGAAGGGAAAAAGCACUUCUACAAUGUUAGAUGAUUUGGCCCAUUAUGACUUGGCUAUAAGUGUGGCUUUGUGGUGGCUCAGUAAAGAUAAUGGGAAGAAUGCAGCUGAGAAUGACUACAUAGGAAUUGGCAAUUUAAGACAUAUUAGCCAGUACCCUAAUCACCUGGAAAGAGAAGCAAUGAUCCUUUCUUCCUUUGCUGGAAUGCUUCUGAACAGCUUACCUAUAGAAGACAUUCUGUCUCUGUACAAUUGCAAACCAGUUGCAUCUUACCCUCAUAAUCAUGCUAAGGGCAACAUUGUUCACCCAUUCUCCCUCUCUUAUCAUCCAUUUGCUAUGCUCAGUUCAUUCAAAGCAGUGGACCACUCAAGAAAACACACCCAGGUACUGAAACGCUGGAUCAAGGAACACAGUAAACAGGAGGUCUCUCCAGUACCAGAGAAACUGGAGUCCUCCUCCACCUCCUCUUCUAGCUCCUCAUUUAGUGAUAGCGAGGACUCCUUAAAAGAUGAAACCGCAAACUAUGAGGGCUCGCAAGAAUCUCUGCAGGACUGAAAACAGC